AGCGGCCGCCUAUUGUCUUUCUCCGCAGCGAAGGUGCGGAGCUGCUCCGGCUCGGCCCGCGGGGGAACCCUGGGCGCCUCACGUGUCCUGGGUCAUGAAACUUAAUCCACAACAAGCUCCAUUAUAUGGCGACUGUGUUGUUACUGUACUGCUCGCUGAAGAGGACAAAGUUGAGGAUGAUGUAGUUUUUUACUUGGUAUUUUCGGGUUCCACCCUCCAUCACUGUACAAGUACUCGGAAGGUCAGUUCUGAUACGCUGGAGACCAUUGCUCCUGGUCAUGACUGCUGCGAGACGGUGAAGGUGCUGCUCUGUGCUUCCAGAGAGGGCCUGCCUGUGUUUGUGGUGGCGGAAGAAGACUUCAAAUUCAUCCAGGAUGAGGCCUACGAUGCAGCCCAGUUCCUGGCAACCAGUGCUGGAAAUCAGCAGGCUCUGAACUUCACCCGUUUCCUGGAUCGGUCAGGACCCCCGUCCAGGGACGUGAAUUCCCUUGAUGAGAAGGUUGCCCUGGCGUUCAGGCACCUGAAGCUGCCAGCGGAGUGGAAUGUGUUGGGAACAGAUGCAACUUCGCAUGAUGGUGGCCCCCGAGAGACAUUGAUGCAUUUUGCUGCACGGCUGGGGCUGCUGAGGUUGACGUGGUUCCUGUUGCAGAAGCCAGGUGGCCGCGGAGCUCUCAGCAUCCACAACCAAGAAGGAGCGACCCCUGUGAGCUUGGCCUUGGAGCGGGGUUAUCACAAGCUGCACAGGCUUCUAACUGAGGAGGAUGCUCGAGAACCAGACUCCUGGAGCAGUUUAUCCUAUGAAGUCCCUUAUGGAGACUGUUCUGUGAGGCAUCACCGAGAGCUGGACGUCUAUACGUUAACCUCUGAGUCUGAACCACACCAGGAACCCCCACUUCCUGGAGACAGUUGCACUGGACAUAUUUUUAAGCUUAUGAACAUCCAACAGCAGCUAAUGAAAACAAACCUCAAACAGAUGGACAGUCUUAUGCCCUCAGUGGUGACAGCACAAGAACCUUCAAGUCUGCCCAGUGACCAAGAUACAGAUGGUCAGUUUCUUCCCUGUGCAUCAGCGCCCACAGCCAGCCAGCAGCUUGCUUCUCCUGAAGGUGCUGAGAGCUCUCAGUGCUGCCAUGGGAGCACUGUGGGGCAGAUUGAAAGUUCCUAUGAUUUGUCAAAUGUGGUUAAGGAAGAGAAUACAGACUCUUCCCAUAGGAAGAAAAAUACAGGCGUGGAGAGAAAAGGAGACGAGGAGGAGCCAGCACCUAUCGUGGACUCCGGGACUGCGUCUGAUCCCGACAGCUGCCGUCAGAGCACACCUGAUUGCAAAGGAAAGGACACAGAAGGCCUUCCAUCCUGUGGAGUCAGAAGUGAAGAAACUGGAACAAAAUCUUCGGCAAUGGCCACAGGCCAGGAAUCUCCAGGCAGUGGAGGCCGCGUCCUGCAGGGAGGUGUAGCCCUGGAGCCCGGCACGGCCCAGUCUUUCUCUGGAGGUGAACUGGUGGUCCCUUCACCAGCAGGUGCCAGCGUCCCAGACACCGCAGGGGAAACGGAACACAGUCUCGUGAACCCAGAGGCCACCAUCCAGAGGAAUGUGCUUGCAGCGGGGGAGAGUAUGAAGGAAAGAUUUGAGGACUCUAAUAUCAGCACAGCUGGAGCCUCUGACGUAAAAGUCACCGACGAGCCUGUGGACAAAGCCAGCGUUCCCAACGGUGUCUCUGCCGCUGGCUCCCUGGUUGCUGACAAGCCUGCUGAGUCUUUACUUGUCGUUAGUGAUGAAGAAACUGCCAUUGAUGAAAACACUGCAGAAACGGAAACUUCUGGAAGUUGUGAAGAGAGUGCUGAUGCUCCAGGGGCUCAGAACUCUCAGUUAAUUCUAGCUGCUGCAAAAGAUGAGAUUUCAGAAGGGCCCGAACUUGACACUCCCUGGGCCAGCAUGUGUGUGGCGGUGUCACCCCCUGAUUUAACCUUUCCCAGGCUGCAAAAAGAUGUUAUGCCAAACCAGAAAUCAGAAACGAAUUCAUCUCGUGUUCAAAGCCAAAACAGCAAAUCACCCAUCUGUUCUACAACUGGAGAUGAUAAACUUUGUGCUGCCUCUGCAUGUCGACAGAACACGGGGACUUCUAGUGGUGUGUUGGCUGUAGAACACUGUGAUGACAUAGUUACCCAGCCUGAAGGCACCACCACAGGGCUGCUCAACACACAACCGCUGCCCACUGCCAGCUGCUCGGAAGGCCCACAGGCUAACACGGUCACCCCUGACCCUGUUAGAGACACCCAGGAACACGUGGAUUUUUGUCCUCUCCAAGUUUUGGAUGAAGAAAGCCAAGGAAAAGAUUCGAAACUAGAAACAUCUUUAGCAAAUAUGCUUGAGGUAUUUCCACAUCCACAUGCUCUUGUCCCCAAAGCUGAGAAAGAACGGGUGUCAGACCAGGCAGUGACAUCAGGCAGGACUUCCUCUCUGACAGGCAGUCCCGGCAGUGAAUCAGUAACCAAAGAUGACGCACUUUCUCCUGUCCCCUCCUCCCAGAAUGAAAAAGGAACAGCAACUCUUGAACCACAUACAGAUUCUAGAGAUGGCCCAGAUGGGGAUUCGAAUGAUCUGGAGAAGCAGCCACCAGAAGACAGUGCAGUGGGCCUGUGCCCACCCUCCUCUGCUCUAGAUCUUCAGCCCGGCAUGGGGAAUACCAGUCCCGUAGGACCUGGUGGGGAGUGUGAGCGUCCCUGCCUCUCAGCAGCCCCUGAAGUCCUGAAUAUCGUCGAGGGGGCCACUGACUCUUCCCUGCUCCAUGUGGGUCAGGCCACUUUGGCCUCUGAUUCCGCUUUGACUGAAGAAGGGAAAGAUCAGGUGGUUCCAGAGAGCCCUGCAGCGCAGGGACCAGAAGACAAGGAUAAAGCAGUGACCUGUUCCUCCAUUAAGGACAGCACUCUUCGUUCAGGAACGUUGCAGGAAGAGCCGAGAACACCACCUCCUGGACAGGAGGCCCCGGGAUUCUGUGAAGAACCUGGCCCAGCCGCCUGUGAUGAGGACAGGGCUCCUCGGAACGGUAAUUCACUGGGCACACCCAUGGCCUGUCUUCACGCAGAAACUAAACAUAACAAGGAAGUGGCCCCACCAGUCGCACCGCUGGUGGAAGGUGGGGCUGCACAGAGCCUGGUGCCACCAGGAGCAAGUCUGGCUGCAGACUCAAGCCAGGAGGCCUCAGGUACAGAGCAGAGCAGCUCGUGUCCAUUGCCAAAUCUGUUACCAGGUGGGUUCGAGGUUCUUACUUGUGAGCCAUCUUCUGCUCUGGAUGUUGAGGUGAAAAACACUCAGUCCCAGGGGAAGACCACUGCGUGUGAGGUGAGUGGAAAUGCAGCAUUGGGUGGUGCCGUGGUCAGUGCUCUGCAAGGCACCACUGGGGCCAGGAGAAAGGACAUACCACACAACGCUCCAGACACCCAGAUUCCGCAAGUCUCUUUGAGCCAGGAGAAGAAUAUGAUCCUGGGUUUGCCGGGACCUUUACCGGACAAAGGUGUGACUGACCCUCAGGGAGCUGCACCCCCAGAGGUUGUGUCCCUGGGUUGGGAGAAGGGGAAGGUGGGGGGAGCAGAUGGCAGCGGUAGCACAGGCGACUCCAAGGAGACACAGGUGGAUGAGGAAGCGCAUCACGUCCCGCCGCAGCCUGCUGCCAAAGAGCACCCCACAGAGACGGGGCUCUCAAGCCGUGGUGACAAGGCCCCAGGCAGGGGAAGGGAUGGUGCCCCUCUGCCCUGCACCGUCGCUGCCAAAGCCGUGCUUCUGCCUGAGACAGCAGACUUGAUUGAGGAGGCUGCGAGUCGCAUAGUGGAUGCUGUCAUAGAACGAGUCAAGGCCUCGGGAGAACUGACGACAGAGGGGGAAGUCAGUCACAUGUCACUGCCCUGUCCUUCCGAGUCGGGCCCAGGGCCUGAACAGCUGGAGAGUGCUUCUGCAGGGAAGGCGAGUGCUUUCCAGCCUGCGGAGACCCCGCCAAUGGGCAGUAGUCGUGGAGAAGCCUCUGGGAACCUUGCAGGAUGCUUUGCUGGAAGGGAGGAGCCAGAGAAGAUUAUUCUGUCUCUCCAGGGACCAACUCCGGCAACAGAAAUGCCAGACACGAAAGCUGAAGAUGAAGUGGAUUUUCUGAGUAAUAGCAAGGAGAGUUCAGUUUCUGAAGAGGUGGCUGUAGGAAACAUAGCUUCUACGCCGGAGGUGAAACAAGGCCCGAAGACCCAGGCGAUAAACCGAGAAAGCUGGUGUACCAUUGAGCCAUGCCCAGAUGCAGCAUCUCUUUUGGCUCCCACGCAGAGCCCAGAAUGUGAUAACUUCCUGGAUGUUGGAUUGGGCAGAGAGUGUGCCUCAAAACAAGGUGUCCUUAAAAGAGAAUCUGGGAGUGAUUCUGACCUCUUCCACUCACCGAGUGAAGAAGUGGACAGCAUUAUCUUCUCCAAGCCUGAGGAAGAACAGUUGGCCUGUGAUAUCACUGGAUCCAGUUCCUCCACCGAUGACACAGCGUCCUUGGAUCGACAUUCUUCUCAUGGCAGUGAUGUGUCCCUCCCCCAGAUUUCAAAUUUGAACAAGUCCAGAGACCAACAAUGUCUUGAUGGUUUCUACAACCAUGGGGUGGGAGCUGAGGGUCGAGAGAGUGAGAGUGAGCCUGCUGGCUCCGGUGAGAUGGAAGAGGAGGAGAUGGACAGCAUCACCGAAGUGCCUGCGAACUGCUCUGUCCUGAGGAGCUCUAUGCGCUCUCUGUCCCCUUUCCGGAGGCACAGCUGGGGUCCUGGGAAGAACGCAGCCAGUGACGCAGAAAUGAACCAGCGGAGUUCAAUGCGAGUUCUUGGGGAUGUUGUCAGGAGACCUCCCAUUCAUAGGAGAAGUAUGAGCUGGUGUCCCUCUGGUGUGCAAUACUCUGCUGCCCUGAGCGCUGACUUUAAUUACAGAAGUUUCAGUCUAGAAGGCUUGACAGGAGGAGCUGGUAUUGGAAACAAGCCAUCCUCAUCUCUGGAAGUAAACUCUUCAAACACCAAAGAGCUCAGACACCCUUUUAGUGGCGAGGAAAGGGGUGACUCGUUGGUGUCACUUUCAGAAGAGGAUCUGGAAUCAGGCCAGAGAGAACAUAGGAUGUUUGAUCAGCAGACAUGUCACAGAUCUAAACAACAGGGAUUUAAUUACUGUACAUCAGCCAUUUCUUCUCCAUUGACGAAAUCCAUCUCAUUAAUGACAAUCAGCCAUCCUGGGUUGGACACCCAGCAGCAGAUGCAGCCAACAAGGCGGAUCUCCUUCUCCGUCAGCAUCUCUCCGCUCCUCCUUAAGUCUAAAACUCUCUUUUCUCUUGGCUCUUCUUAUUCCAGUGAUGAGGAGGAGGAGUUGCAUAAUUCACGGCCCUUCCACAACACCAAUGCUAAUCUGACUGAGAGUAUAACAGAAGAGAACUUUAAUUUCCUGCCACAAAGCCCCUCCAAGAAAGAUUUUGAAGGGAAGAGUGGAACAAAAGUCAGUCGUACGUUCAGCUACAUCAAGAAUAAAAUGUCCAGCAGUAAGAAGAGCAGGGAAAAGGAAAAGGAGAAAGAUAAAAUUAAGGAGAAGGAGAAAGAUUCCAAAGAGAAGGAGAAGGACAAGAAGACUGUGAACGGGCACACUUUCAGUUCCAUCCCUGUUGUGGGUCCCAUCAGCUGUAGCCAGUGCACGAAGCCUUUCACCAACAAAGACGCCUAUACUUGUGCAAAUUGUAGUGCUUUUGUCCACAAAGGCUGUAGAGAAAGUCUGGCCUCCUGUGCAAAGGUCAAAAUGAAGCAGCCCAAAGGGAGCCUUCAAGCGCACGACACAUCUUCGCUGCCCACAGUCAUUAUGAGAAACAAGUCCUCCCAGCCCAAGGAGCGCCCUCGGUCCGCAGUCCUCUUGGCUGAUGAAACCACUGCCGCCCCCAUGUUUGUUAACAGACGGUCCCAGCAGAGUGUGUCGCUCUCCAAAAGUGUCUCCAUUCAGAACAUUGCUGGAGUUGGCAAUGAUGAGAACAUAUCAAACACCUGGAAAUUCCUGUCUCAUUCAACAGACUCACUAAAUAAAAUCAGCAAGGUCAAUGAGUCAACAGAGUCCCUUACUGAUGAGGGAGUAGGUACAGACAUGAAUGAAGGGCAGCUAAUGGGAGACUUUGAGCUUGAGUCCAAACAGCUGGAAGCAGAGUCCUGGAGUCAGAUAGUGGACAGCAAGUUUCUGAAACAGCAAAAGAAAGAUGUGGUCAAACGGCAAGAAGUGAUUUAUGAGCUGAUGCAGACGGAGUUCCACCACCUCCGCACACUCAAGAUCAUGAGCGACGUGUACAGCCGGGGCAUGACGGCCGACCUGCUCUUCGAGCAGCAGAUGGUGGAGAAGCUCUUCCCCUGUUUGGAUGAGCUGAUCAGUAUCCACAGCCAGUUCUUACAGAGGAUCCUGGAGCGGAAGAAGGACUCUCUGGUGGAUAAAAGUGAAAAGAACUUUCUCAUCAAGAGGAUUGGGGAUGUGCUUGUGCACCAGUUUUCAGGAGAGAACGCAAAACGCUUAAAGAAGACAUACGGCAAGUUUUGUGGGCAGCACAACCAGUCUGUAAACUACUUCAAAGACCUCUAUACCAAGGAUAAGCGUUUUCAGGCCUUUGUGAAGAAGAAGAUGAGCAGCUCGGUCGUACGGAGGCUUGGAAUCCCAGAGUGUGUAUUGCUUGUAACCCAGCGGAUCACCAAAUACCCGGUUUUGUUCCAAAGAAUAUUGCAAUGUACCAAAGACAGUGAAGUGGAGCAGGAAGAUCUAGCUCAGUCCCUGGGCCUGGUGAAGGAUGUGAUUGGAGCUGUGGACAGCAAAGUGGCAAGUUAUGAAAAGAAGGUCCGUCUCAAUGAGAUUUAUACAAAGACAGAUAGCAAGUCGAUCAUGAGAAUGAAGAGUGGUCAGAUGUUUGCCAAGGAGGAUCUGAAGCGGAAGAAGCUCGUGCGGGAUGGGAGCGUGUUUCUGAAGAGCACAACAGGGAGGUUGAAAGAGGUUCAAGCGGUCCUGCUUACUGACAUUUUAGUUUUCCUUCAAGAAAAAGACCAGAAAUACGUCUUUGCGUCAUUGGACCAGAAGUCAACGGUGAUCUCUCUAAAGAAGCUGAUUGUAAGAGAGGUAGCACACGAGGAGAAAGGUUUAUUCCUAAUCAGUAUGGGGAUGAAAGAUCCAGAGAUGGUGGAAGUCCACGCCAGCUCCAAAGAGGAGCGGAACAGCUGGAUUCAGAUCAUCCAGGACACGAUCAGCACCCUGAACAGAGAUGAAGAUGAAGGAAUUCCUAGUGAGAAUGAGGAAGAAAAGAAGAUGUUGGACACCAAAGCUCGGGAGUUAAAAGAACAACUUCAACAAAAGGACCAGCAGAUCCUACUCUUACUGGAAGAGAAGGAGAUGAUUUUCCGGGACAUGACUGAGUGCAGCACUCCCUUGCCAGAGGAUUGCUCCCCAACUCAAAGCUCUAGAAUCCUCUUCCGAUCCAACACAGAAGAGGCUCUCAAAGGAGGGCCUUUAAUGAAAAGUGCAAUAAAUGAGGUGGAGAUCCUUCAGGGUUUGGUGAGUGGAAGCCUGGGAGGCACACUUGGGCAGGCUGUCAGCAGCCCUGUUGAACAAGAAGGCAUGGUAGGCCCCAUUUCCUUGCCCCGGAGAGCAGAGACCUUUGGAGGAUUUGACAGCCAUCAGAUGAAUGCUUCAAAAGGAGGUGAGAAGGAAGAGGGAGAUGAUGGUCAAGAUCUUAGGAGGACAGAAUCGGAUAGUGGUCUGAAAAAGGGUGGAAAUGCUAACCUGGUAUUUAUGCUUAAAAGAAACAGUGAGCAGGUUGUGCAGAGCGUCGUCCAUCUCCACGAGCUCCUCAGCACUUUGCAGGGGGUGGUGCUGCAGCAGGACAGCUACAUCGAGGACCAGAAGCUGCUGCUGACCGAGCGGGCGCUCACGCGGACGGCGUCGCGGCCCAGCUCCCUCAUCGAGCAGGAGAAGCAGCGCAGCCUGGAGAAGCAGCGCCAGGACCUGGCCAACUUGCAGCGGCAGCAGGCGCAGCACCUGGAGGAGAAGCGGCGGCGCGAGCGCGAGUGGGAGGCCCGCGAGAGGGCGCUGCAGGAGCGCGAGGCGCGGCUGGCGCAGCGCGAGGACGAGCUGCGGCGCGGCCGCCAGGACCUGGAGCGCGAGCACGACGAGCUGCAGCACAGGAAGGUCGCCUACCAGAGCGACCUGGAGCGCCUGCGCGCCGCCCAGAGGCAGCUCGAGCGCGAGCAGGAGCAGCUGAAGCGGGAGGCCGACCGGCUCAGCCAGAGGCCCGCCGACUGUGACGUCGGCCAGGUUUCACAUCAACACACCAGGCUGAUGAGGAUCCCAUCCUUCCUUCCGAAUCCUGAGGAGACCCUCUUGCCACCGGCACCUUCCAUAGCCAAAUCAGGGUCAUUGGACUCAGAACUCUCAGUGUCCCCAAAAAGGAACAGCAUCUCUCGGACACACAAAGAAAAGGGGCCUUUUCACAUACUGGGUUCCACCAGCCAGACAAACAGAGUACCAGAGGGUCAGAGCCAGACCCCAGUGUCCACGUCCACCCGCCUGUUUGGGUUAGCUAAGCCAAAGGAAAAGAAGGAGAAAAAGAAGAAGAACAAAGGAAGCCGCUCGCAGCCCGGUGGUGACUGUGAGAGAGGUGUUGCUGACCCCCAGACACACUGGGAAGCUGAAGCUCGGGAUUAACUGACCUGCCUGCCGCCACAGGGCGUGCUAUCAAAUCACACUGCACAAGAUGGCCCUGCAUCCGAAGUACCUGCAGAGGGGGAGGAGAUCUUCUGCUGACCCCGUUCCUCUCCGAGGCAGCCGCUCCUGUCCCGCCGCGGUUACAGCCCCACCCCCUGCUGUCCUGUGCGCGCACUCUCCUACACUGACACCCGUGCCCUGCGGCGCCCAGCCCUCCUGCACUGCCCAGGUCCUGGACCAGAAGAGCAAAUGGUCUUGGGGGUCAGGGUGGGAAAGGAGGCCCAGGAUUGGCAACCCAAUGCCUCUCGGGUUGGGGCCAGCCCUGCUGGAUGGUGGAUGUUACACCGAGAGUAGUGGCCCCAGAAGUCCAGGUGAUGGUUUUGGACAUGUCAGGAAUUCCUAGAGGCUGAAAGAGUGUUUCCAAAUGCAGUCUGAAACUCUUACUGCCUUUUAUUUUAGGGAACAGAACCAAAAAUCAAACAGCAGAUAGUUUGGACUUCAUCUGAACACGUACAGUAGCCCGUCUGCACAUACACGUGGAGUGCGCCAGAACUGUGCACGGUCUAUACCAGAUGCCUGCUGGGCUUGGCUCAAGCCCCGCACGAGGGGCGCUGCCCGCCACCGCUCAGGGAGCGCGCACUCAGAGCCUCACCCACUAGCCCUCCCAGGCUGUCUCCCUGUAAACUCACCCCAUGCACGCCUCACCCCUUUUCGCGUGUAUUUCUCAUUUCACUUCAGAAGGGACGACAAACAUUUGUGAGAACCAGUGAGAGAAGGCUUGAUGUCUUUAAAAAGCAGACGAUCUUGAAACACCUUGAUUUUGGUGUUUCAGUCACUUUAAAAAGAAAAAAUAUCUAAUUUUAUCAAGUCUAAAAGAAAUCAUAUAUUGGCUUUCCAAGAUGUUUGCCCACAUGUUCUGGGCACAGACGAAGUAGAGAGGCCUCCUCACCAUCACCGCUGUGGCGUGACACUUUUUGGUUGUCACUGGCCAUUGAGCAGUGGCCACGGCCUCCUGGCAGCGUUCCUGAGACCUCGAGGUGCCUCCCCAGGGAAGCUGGUCCUGCCUGGCAGUCGCCGUGCGAGAGGGUGGCCCCGUCCGCGCUCCACCCGCACAGGGACCGCCUGCUUCUCCUGCUGCCAGGGCGUGCCCACCCUGUACUAGACAGCUGGCCGAAAAGCAGGUUCAGGUGGGUCUGUUAGGCCCAUAUGAAGCGGUUCCCACCAGUACAGACCGAGAGAAGAGCUGGCCAGAAGGUAUGGCUUGGAAAGUUCUCCUAUCAGGAGGCCUGGCAAAAUUUGACUUCUUUAAAAAGUUUUAAAAACGAAAGGCCUGUUGGUUUUUGUACUCUACCCCUUGAGGAACCCACAGAUGCUGCCUGUUUGUUCUUUUCCUUCUCUCUCUUUUUCUUGUCCCACUAUGUUUUGAUCUGUAUUCCUUGAGGCUUGUCACCAGCCGGGAGGUGCAGGAUGUUUCUCCCUGAGGCCCCUGCACCUGCCACACUUGUUAACCCCCCAGGAGGGGAGACCCUGGAAAAUUCUGUGCUUUAAGUGUGGUCUUUGAUUCCUGCCUUUUGCCCCUCAGGAGCAUGGGUCUUUGAACAUACUUUUUAAAAACAAACAAAAAAAUCUGUAACUUGGUGCUUGUUGAUGAAUUGCAAGCUGGCCUUGCAGAUGGAGAUAUUUAUCUUUCAGUUUAUUUGAAAGAGGUCUGGUUUAAAAUUUUUAGCUUAGAUUUGUUUUAUUUAUUUGUGUGUUGUGUGCAUGUGUGUAUGUGUGUGUGUGUGUGUGUGUUUUAAGGGUGAACACACCAGCCCAACGGUUUCAACUGUCCAGUCAAGCAGCGGGUGCUGCUUCCUUACUCCCCCCGUGUCUGUCAAAGUGCCUCGAAGGCCCAAAGGAAAAUUAAGCGUUGGGGGAGGGGUCCAUUUCCUUCCCUCCUCCCACCCUCACCUCAUACUUUGAUCAAGGGAUGUCUUCUUCCUUGCUUGAGAGUUAAGAAACUUGCCACCCAUGGGCUACAUUUGCCUAGUUUUGUCAUGGAGAUUUCUUACCCUUCAGAAACACACUUUGAGCAGAAGCAGCUGAUUUUCUAUUGAACUUUGAUGUACCCCCCUCCCCCGCCCACAAAGACCCUAAACAGCAAAAGGUUAGGUUGCCUCCUGCCACCAGUCCGUACAGCUCAGCUUGAGUACGGCCAGCCUGUCGUGCCUUUCUCAGAUCCACCGGGAGCCCAGCCGUCUGUCCCUGUCGCUGGCUCAGGUUCACCUCUGUGGGUCCCCGUCCCACAGAGAGAAGCUCUGCUCUAAAGGGGUGGGGCUGGUGAGUGAGGACCUGCGUCCUCCUUCCUCUGUCCGUGUAGGCCGGGCCUCCCUGUCUCCGGGCUUGAAACCAGAGCUCAGUGCUGACAGCAUUUGCCCUAACGCAGGAUCUUCACAAAGAGCACCCUGGAUGCUGAGUUUCUGUAUAUAGCUGCACAGCUGGCUUUCAACUUUAAAGGGUCUUUUACUCCCAACUAGUUGUGAAGUUUCGGUUGCCUUGGUUAUUCGGUGGUAGUUUUUUUAAAAUGAUGAUUUCCCCUUCACCUGCACCCCACUAACUUAAAAUACUUUGGUCAGCUUGUGGUUGGACAAGUUUAGAAUCAGAAUCAGAAGGUAUCUCCCCCAGAACAGUGUGCGGUGCAGAGAGAGAACCACUUACCCGGACCCAUGCUUUUCCAUGCCUUCAUCCUCUCCCCCUCCCCCUUUGAUAAGGAACUCGGGGAUUUUGUUGUUGCGCUUGGGGAACCACCUGGGAUUGUUGCUGCUCCUGCUUUUGCUGAUGGCCUUGAGGUCUCCUCUGACCUUGAGGCCUGACCUGGUUACUGAGGUGUCUUUCAUGUGAGAAGGGGCUGUCUCCCGCGACAGCUCAGACUCAGUUCUCCACAAUGUCCCCACGCUAGGGGCCGUGCUUCUCUAGCUCCGGAAAUCAGAUGCCUGGCCUUCCUUGUAUUUAGGUUUUGGGGGACAGAUGGAAACACCAUCCAGAGUUCCAGAAUCUCGUGAGUUGCCUGGAAGGAGGCUGCAUCUUCUCUCAAAACUUACGUCAUCUCAGUGGUCGUCAUCCCAGUCGGGUGGCAUGUGCACUUUAAACGCUCUCUACAGUCAGCUUCACUUUCGAGACAAUCAACUAUGCUAACUGUUUUCUUUGAAAAUGGAGAGGGUUAAAAACAUGCAGAUUGCCAUAAUUCAACCUUUGCCAACAUUCCAUCCUCUACCCCCCAUGAGAGCUGUCUAUGGGGAAGAAAUCCUUAUCAAGACUUUUUUUUUGGAAAGGUACGAAUCUUACCUUUUUUUCUCUCAUGUCUCAGGGUAAUACCACUAAAAGUUGUUACUUUGCUGAUAUUCUCCCUUAUUUGUUAUCUUCCCAAGCCCCUAGUAUUAGCAGUAGUGAGCACACAUUUUUAAGAUCCUUGGGGUUUGUCGUACCUUUAUUUGGAAAGUGGGUAUUGUGUGUAGGGUUUAUAAAUAGGCCCCGCCUUAAAUAAAAGGUAGCACCAUAACCUUAGGGGCCAGAACUCCAUCCCGAAGGUCCCGUUCACAGAAGUACUUUCUAUUUCAUCCAUUGGUCACAAAGGUUCUUUUUCCACAGCCAGUUCUUUCUCCCCAAGGAUUUGGUAUCGGCCUUGGAGCUGCAGUUGUUGAUACAGCGUUGAUGGGGGGGCCAGUUGUGCCCAGAGGACAGCUAAGCCCAGGGACUGGGGUCGGGGCGCGUUGAGAGAGACGGUCCUGGUGAGUGGGCUUCAGCAGCCAUGAAGUGGGUGGCUUGGAGGGGACCCCAGACACUGCCAAGGGGCGUGGACACACUUGGAAUGUGGAAGCCCAGAAAGAACCCUGCCAAUUCCACGGUGGCAGUGGUUGAGGAAUGUGUGCCUUGCUUUCCUGCAGCGGGGCAGUGUGGCGCACACACACCUGUGGUCCUGGGGUCACGGCCCCACCUGGUGCUGUUGCUCCGAUUGACCCUCGGAGACAAGGAAAGGGGCAAAGAGAUUGUUUUGGUUUGGUUCGUCAUUUUCUUUCCAUGUAGCGUAACAUUCCUAGUUAACCGGAGCUUUGGGAUCUACUGCCUGCUGGCCAGGUUUUAAAGUGAAAAGUCUUUCAGUGCUGCCACAAGAGGGAAAAAAACAAAGGCUUCUUUCCAUGUACCAAUCGAAUUUAAUUUGUCAAAAGCUCGACAGGCCUUGAGUGAGUUCUCCAUCUUGCUAAGGUUUAAAGACAGGCAGACCCAGCUGGCUAACGUCUCUCCUGCCGCGGACGGUGACAGCCUGCUCCAGACGCCCAGGCUGAGCCCAGUCUCUGCUCACCCCAGUCGUCACCCCCUUGAACGCAUCUGCCUUUUGUGACCACCUGCCAGGAUGGGCAGCUCCAGAGCACUGACAGGGGCCCGCCCGGUCGGCUGGCCCACGGUCACGGUUUAGCCUGAGGUUUCUGGCGUGUCGCCCCGCCAGGCGCGCAGGGGACACCAUGACAUGCAGGAGGGUGAUUACCAUGCACCUUAUACCUCUGCUCUCGUUUGUUGUUCUCAAAUGCUAAAUGAACGUUUCUGUGCUGAAUCCUAUUAGAUAAAAAGGGGUUAAAACCCAGAUGCUGUAUAUUAAUUUGUAAUUAUGUAUAAAGUGAAGCAGUUUUAAACUGUAAAGAUUUUUUCAGUGUGUUUUCUGGAAUUUUGCCACAACGUACUGGCUUUGUAUUUUAUUUAUCUUCCUUUCUGGUUAGCGGCUUCCGACCCUUGUAAAGUCCCCCUCCACCCUUUCAAAAAAAAUAAAUGUCCGUUAAGUCUC